AAUUGCGUCAUGACGCCCUUCCGUCCUCCUUUCCUCUGCUACCGGCGAGAAUGAAGACCAUUCUCAGCAGCCAGACCGUCGACCUCCCUGACAAUGUGGAGGUCAGGUUAAAGGGGCGAACAGUGAUUGUCAAAGGGCCCCGUGGUAAACUCACCCGGGAGUUCAACCACAUCAACCUGGAGCUCAGCCUGCUGGGCAAGAAACAGAAGAAGCUUCGUGUGGAGAAAUGGUGGGGAAACAGGAAGGAGCUGGCCACGGUGCGCACCAUCUGCAGCCACGUCCAGAACAUGAUCAAGGGCGUCACUCUGGGUUUCCGGUAUAAGAUGCGCUCUGUGUACGCCCAUUUCCCCAUCAACGUGGUCAUUCAGGAGAGUGGGAGUCUUGUGGAAAUCAGGAACUUUCUGGGAGAGAAGUACAUCCGCCGUGUCAGGAUGAGGCCUGGAGUUAACUGCGCGCUGUCAGCAGCCCAGAAGGACGAGCUGGUCCUGGAGGGAAACGACAUCGAGUUGGUGUCAAACUCAGCUGCUCUGAUCCAGCAGGCCACCACAGUCAAAAACAAGGAUAUCAGAAAGUUCUUGGACGGCAUUUACGUGUCUGAGAAGGGAACAGUAGUGGAAGCAGACCAGUAGAGAAAACAUCUGCUGGUGUAGAGAGUAAGUUUCUGCUCUGAUUUGCGGCUCUCCUGUUUCUCUGCAGCGGCGUUGAUCCAGCAGGCCACCACGGUCAGAAAGAAGGACAUCAGGAAGUUCCUGGACGGCAUUUACGUCAGCGAAAAAACCACCGUGGUGGAGCAAGAUGUUGAAUAAAAUAUUCACUUUUCCUGUCAUGACCAAUAAAGCAAACAUCUUUAUAUA